ACCAUGAUCCCAAUUCUUAUCUGCCAUUCUACCGAGCUGGAAAGCAAGAAACUGAUAUAUCACGGCUCACAUAGAUUUCCACCCUGAUGAAUUCUACAAAGUGCAUACUUCGACCGAAGAGAAUUUGGCAUGUCACAGAGGCCAUGGCUUGGCAGGAGCCUAUGGCGCAGAAACGUCGGAUUGCGACUCUCCGAUAUCCCUGCUGAAUUCAACCUUUGACUGGAUCGGUGCGAAUUUGAAAGACUCGAUUGAUUUUGUCAUCUGGACGGGCGACUCGGCGCGGCACGACAGUGACGAGACGAUUCCCCGGACCGAAGAGCAGGUGGUGCGCACCAACCGUCUGUUAGCAGAAAAGUUUGUUAGCACUCUGUCAGAUGACGAGGGCAUGACAAUUCCUGUCGUACCGACAUUCGGUAACAAUGACAUUCUCCCGCAUAAUGUCAUGGAGGCGGGGCCUAACAGAUGGCUUAAGAUGUACUCCGAUAUCUGGAAGGCUUUCAUCCCCCAGCAGCAAUUGCAUUCGUUUGAGUUUGGUGGAUGGUUCUACACCGAAGUCGUCCCAAACAAGCUGGCUGUUUUCAGCCUAAACACACUUUACUUCUUCGAACGCAAUGGCGCCAUUGACGAUUGCGUCCGGCCCUCUGAACCUGGGUUCAAGCAAAUGGAAUGGCUGCGUGUCCAGCUCCAGUUCCUCCGCUCCCGACGCAUGAAGGCCAUAUUGAUGGGACACGUUCCGCCUGCUAGAACAUCCAGCAAGCACAACUGGGAUGAGACGUGCUGGCAAAAAUACACAUUGUGGCUACAGCAAUACAGAGAUGUGGUUGUAGGCUCGCUGUACGGCCAUAUGAACAUUGACCACUUCUUCAUCCAGGACACGGAGGAUAUCGACGUCACUAUGCUUGAGAGGAGACCCAAGAAGCCCAAAAAACAUAAAAAGAAGCAAUCAAAAGGGAGGAAAAAACAGGAUGACCAACUUUUCCACAUCGAUUCAGCCGCGGAUUACCUCACGGAGCUACGCGAGCACUGGGCAAAGCUGCCAAAGGCUGCUGUACAAACUCUAGAUGAGGUAGACCCCAAAAAGAAGGGGAAAAAGGGCCACGAUAAGAUCGGUGGCAAAUUUGCUGAGCGUUACCAGCUGUCUCUUGUUUCACCGAGCAUCGUACCCAAUUUCUUCCCAACUCUCAGAGUCUUCGAGUAUAAUAUCACUGGCAUUGAAGAUACGCCUACUUGGGUAGAUGUACAACGGAAUGGUGGCAAGCACAAGUAUACGCUUCCCACAUCAGUGAUUGAGGAGAUUGGGGUGGACCCUCUCGAUGUGGACGAGGAGGAUGAGCAAGAGCUUCUGGGGAAAGAUGGAUCAGAGUUCUUGAUCGACAAGAAAAAGAAGGGCAAGAAGCCUAAGAAGCCCAAUGAUCCUUACUUGGUCAUUCCCGAUCCGCCCUCAGCGACCGAACCUCCUGGCCCUGCGUACUCGCUUCAGCCACUGACCCUGAUUGGUUACACUCAGUACUUUGCUAAUUUGACGCACCUCAAUAAUGACGUGGGCAAGCGCGACAUUAAAACGCACGACCUGCAAGCUGAGGAUGACGGGCUAUCAACGGAACGUUGGCAACCGGGCAUGCACAAGGGCAAGAAGCCAGGUCACAAGCCAAAGCCCCUCAACUUUACCUUCGACGUCGAGUACAGCACUUUUGAGGAUAAGAUUUACAAGAUGAAGGACCUUACGGUUCGCAGCUGGAUCAACUUAGCGUACCGCAUUGGACAAGUUUCCGCCAAGUCGAAAGCGCUUGCAGAAGAUUUCGAAGAUGUUGAGGACGAGGUCGAGGAGCACAUCAACGAGUCUGAUACAGACGAAGAGGAAAAUGAUAACGAACUUGGAGCCGAAAAGAAGAAAAAUAAGAAAAAGAAGAGUAAGAAGAAGAAGAAGAAGCACAAUAAAGUCUGGCUUCAUUUCCUGGAGCACGCCUUUGUCAGCACACAGAAGAAGAAAAAUCUAAAGAAGCUAGACUAGGUGCCAAAGAGCUUUAGAGAUUCGUUGCUUUACUUCUUGGCCUGGUUUUGAGAUCCAACCCCGUCUUGGGGAAUCAACUGCACACGUCGGCGUUUUGGAAUUGGGCAUUUGCAUAUAGGGAAGCAAGAGGGCAGGGAAAUGAAAGAUACCUCGGCGUUGUUGCUUCGGUGGGCAGACCGGCACUCUUGCCGCUGGAGGGACGGAGGGAUUAGGUUCUUUGCGGUUGUAUUGAGUAAGAUAGAAUAGCAUCGUCAUCAUUGCCAUGCGUUGUCAUUAUUAUUAGCAUUCAUAGGGCGUUUUGCGAGACUGUCGAAAUCGAAGGAGCAUUUCUAGCAUAUGCGAGAUAUCUAGACGUU